AUGCCGUUUGUGGAAUUCAUAGCAGGAUGCAUCUCAGGAGCAGUAGGGUUGGCUUUUGGUCAUCCAAUGGACACAGUGAAGGUGCGUCUGCAGACCCAGGUUAAAUACAAGGGGAUUUUUGACUGUGUGGCUAGGACAUACACUCGUGAAGGGAUCCCUGGGUUCUUCAAGGGCAUGACAUUUCCUGUCCUGACUACUGGCAUCACCAAUGCUGUGGUCUUUGGUUCCUAUAGCAAUGCUUUAGACUGCCUCACCCAGUCCCAACGGAAUGACCGAAUCCAAGGCAACCCUGCCUCGGCAUCAGCAGUCUUCGCAGCUGGCUGUUUCUCAGGUCUGGCACAGGUGGUGGUUACUGCACCUGUUGACCUGGUGAAGGUACGCUUGCAGUCCCAGACCAAGGGCUGGGCUGGGGUCGGUGGUGACGGGUAUCGAGGUCCCAUUCACUGUGUGACUGUCAUCCUGAGGGAGGAGGGGCCAAGGGGAUUGUUUCGAGGGGGGUUGGCUCUUACCCUGAGAGAUGUACCCUGCUAUGGAAUCUACUUCUUGCCUUACGAAAUCACCUGCAGGUUUCUGACUGAAGAAGGCAAACGGCCAGGCACAUUUGCAGUAUUGAUGGCGGGUGGGGUGGCAGGCGUGGUGACGUGGGCCUUUGCCACGCCCAUGGAUGUGGUGAAAGCGCGGCUGCAGAUGUCCGGUGCUGGGGGCCGGGUGUACCAGGGGGUCCUGCACUGCAUGAGUGUGAGUCUGAAGGAGGAGGGGGUGAGAGUGUUCUUUAAGGGGCUCCUCCUGAACAGUCUGAGGGCCUUCCCUGUCAACGCCAUCACCUUCCUCAGCUAUGAGAGCCUGAUGCGUUUCCUCACCCGGCCGCCUGCAGACUGACCACAAGACUAUAUGCAUCUCCUGGAUAUACUCCGGUCAGACCAAAUGAUGGAAAGAAUACCAACAUUGGAUGGGCAAACCAUUAUGUGAAAUGAACUGGUAUAUACAGUAUACCUUAGCAUGCUAUACUCAGAAUUGUAUCUGCUAAACUGGAGUUUCACACUUUUUUGUGUUAUCCUCAAUGUGGGCACUCAGACAGGGCUCAUGAUGCUGUUUUAGUAGGACACAGUUCUGUGAUAUCAUAGGGUGUCACCUCUGAGAGCUAUGAUACCAUCAGUAUUUUAUAUCAUGAGACAACAAAACCUUGAAUAUGAAAACACCUGGAAACCAAAUGUUUAUACCAAGACAUGGUGUAUUUAUGUACUGGUAUACUGUAUGAACUUCAUAGCCUUCAUUUAUAAUAACUUUGUAAUAAACAAAAUGUGAAGCAAAUGGGAAUGUAGUUGGUUUAUUACUGACAACCAAUCCUCAAUUCAAAUCAUUCUGACUUUUUUAGUUAAAUAAACCCCCUUCUCCAACAUGUAAACAUUUAGUAUAAUUAUGCAUAUUUGACUUCUUGCAUAAGUCAAUGUAUUCACCCCCUUGGAUUUAUUCACAUUUUGUUGCUUGACAAAGUGGGAUUGAAAUGGAUUUAGUUGUGAUUUGUCAUUGAGCAUCACAGAAUACCAAAGUGAAAAGAAUUCUACAAAUGUUAACAUAUAAUAACAACAUAGUUGUUGCAAAAGUAUUCAACCCUUUUGUUUAGAGAAACCUAAAUUAGUUCAGGAGUCAAACGCAGCUUAACAAAUCACAAGUUACAUGGACUCAUCCUGUGUGAAAUAAUAGGGGUUGACAUGAUUUUUUUUAAAUGACUGCCUCUUCCUCUGUCCCCAAUACAUACAUUGAACUACAAAGACUAGGAGGCAUUUCAAAAGCCUCAGAGAAGGGCAGUGAUUGGUAGAUGGGUAACAAUACCAAAUCAGAUAUUUAAUCUAUCUUUAAGCAUGGUCAAGUUUAUUAUGCUGUGGAUGAUGUAUUAAACCACACACACAAAGACAGUCGUUCUUCUGAACUGAGCUACAAGACAGGAAGGAAACUGCUAAGAGAUGUCACCAUUGGUGCUUUCAAAACAGCUCCAGUUAAAUGGCUGUGAAGGGAGAAAACUGAGGAUGGAUCAACAUUUCAGUUACUCCACAAUGAAAUGUGAAGAAUAAAAAUAAAAGGAAUAACCUUUUUGGCCUAAAUGCAAAGCCUUAUGCUUGAGACAAAUCCAACACAUCACUAAGUAACU